ACUUUGUGGAGCGUACUUCCCACAGUAAAUAUGCACAGGCACUUGGUGACGGUGCUAUAUGAAAUUUAAUCUGCCUGUAAUGGCGGUUUAGGAUUUGGGGGAAAGUACUAAGGACCGAGAGCACCCUGCCGUGGCAGUUUUGUGACUAUUUGCCUGUGAGACAGAGCGUAAAAGAGAACAUGAGCAUGAAAGCAAGACUGAGGAGCAACCUUUAUUGAUAACGGAACAGUCUGGCUUCGGGAUUCUCAACCGCGCGCACUUUAAUUCUUUUUACAGCCACUUCGAACUCCUACAGUUCCACAGAGCGAAACACCUGUAGAAGAGACUGAGGCAAAGGCGGAGUAAAGGGGGCAACACAAUGCAUCUGUAAGCACAGGCCGCGGCUCCCCUGUGGCGCCGAGCACGCCUCAGGGACCAAGUUCCGGGCCGCUUCAUGUACGCGCACGUGACUGGAGCCCGAGGCAGAGUGAAGAAGGAGGCGGAGAGAGAGAAAGAGCGAAGCGCUUGUGCCUCCCCCACAGUCCCGCCUGUCCGGACUUUCCGGUCCCAGCAUGCAGUGCAGCGUCGUUUGAAUGGCGCUAGCUGCGCUGAGUGGGCUCCAGCAUUAGGACUCCACCGCCGCUCAAUCCGGCGGCUUCUAUUUGAGGCUGGGGCAGCAGCAGCAGUGCCCGCGGCCGGUGGACCAUGAGCAGUAGCAGGGAUUUUGGAUAUUAUGGCAUCUGAAGCCCAAAAUGUUAGAAAACGAAACCUACUGUACAUUGACAGUCGUCCUGUUGCUCUCCCUAGAAAAAGGAGCUCUCAUUCCAUUAAUGAGAACAUGAAGGAGGGUAAGAAAUCUGCAAAACAUUUGGCUUCUUCUACAAGCAGAACAACUGUUGGACAAACUGUGACCAGCCCCCAUCCUCUGAUCAAAGUAGUAUAUUGCAGAAGACAAGCUCACUAUUAUUCUCCAAAGCCUUGUUUCAGAAAGAAACAGCUCCCUAAAGUCAGGGGCUGUGACAUGGCAAAUAAGGAAAAUGAACUGGCAUGUGCAGGUAAUCUGCCAGCAAAAUUGCCUGCUGAUGGCCGUACAUUCUUACUAAAUUCCAGUGAUUCCGGAUGCUCUCAAACAGAAAGCCCAUCAUCAAAAUAUAGUGGAUUUUUUUCAGAAGUUUCAGAAGAUCAUGAUACUAUGGCACAAGUUCUCUUCAGUAGAAACCUCCGGCUGAAUGUAGCUUUAACUUUCUGGAGAAGAAGAAGUAUAAGUGAACUCGUAGCCUAUUUAGUGAGGAUACAAGAUCUGGGUGUUGUGGUAGACUGCCUUCCUGUUCUUACCGGCAGCUUACAGGAAGAAAAACCAUAUAUUUCUGUGGGCUGCUGUGUAGACCUUCUACCAUUAGUUAAAUUACUACUUAAAAGCAAAUUUGAAGAAUACGUGAUCGUUGGUUUAAAUUGGCUCCAGGCUGUGAUUAAGAGGUGGUGGUCAGAGCUUUCUGCCCAUUCAGACAAAAUAGAGGAUGGUAAUAUUCAGAUUUUAAAGGAACAAUUAAGUGGAUUGAGGAAGCAAGAAAAUUAUCUUACUUUGGUUCCAGGAUAUACGGGUAAUAUAGCAAAGGAUGUGGAUGCUUAUUUAUUACAGCUGCACUGACAUUCCUGGAGGACACAUAUGUGUGUGCAUGUAGUGUGUGUUGGCUUAAAAUGUCCUUCAAGUAAUCCUGAAUUAUGUACUAUUUCCAAGAGGACAUCUCUUCUGAGAACUGUCUUUAACAGAAGAGGACUAGAAUGUCAGACUGUUUAAGUCAACCACUAAAAAUCCAUCUGCUUCACAUUGAAGUGGAAAAAUUCUAAUAGGAGCAACUUUUACUUCAGUGAGGUGGAAGUGCACUAUGAAAACUGUUUGUAUGCCUUUGCUGCAUUUUGGGAUUGUUCAGUUACUGGGUGAAGUCCUGGAAAUGUUUCUACUACAUAAUUAUAUAAAACCGCAAAACUUAAUUGUGAAGACCGAAUUGCAUAACCAGUUACGAGGAACCACAAGAGAUCAGUCGCCAUAAAUAUUUUUAACUUUGUUUUUCUAAUGAACAGUAAAAAUGUAUAUUUUCAAGAUACAUUGAAAUUUUGUGAUUUUGCUGUAUUGAAAGUCUGAAAUAUGUCUGCUAUAUUAAUCAAGAUAUUAAAGACUAUUUUUGUUGCA